AGCAAAAGAACAAAAACUUAUGAAAAUGCCAAGUUUUCAUACAUGGUUCACGAGAUUUGGAUAGAUUAGAGAUAGGCUUGCAAAAGCUAUUUUCAAUUUCCCACCACCUAUCGGUGAAGACAAGUUCGAUCUGGUGCAUAUAUAUCACAUAUAUAGUGGAGAUGAUAAAUCACACAAAAGCUUCUCCUUUCACUUACACAAGUCUGAUGAAGAAGAAGGCAGAGUCUGCAACAAUAAGGGAGAAAAAAGAUAUCGUGUGUUUUAGGGUUUUUUUACUGAAGAGUAAUUUCGAAAUUAAGAAAAGUUAUAAGAGAUAAUAAUGUAAAAUAUUUGGUGUGGCUUUUAAGCCAAUUUCGAAAAAUUUCGGUUACCCAAUUUGUUGCUUUUUACUUUUUUUAAGCAAAUUUUAGCUUGUUUUAAGUUCUUUUUUUAAUUGCCAAACACUAUUAAUAGUUAAAAAUAAGUGCUUAAAACCCGGUCCAAACAGGCUCUACAUCCGCGAUAAAAGAAAGAAGCGCCACGCACCAAACCCAGAAGCACAAUUUUAAUAGCAAAUCAAGGGAUGAUGAACCAUUUUCACUAGAAAGGAAAACGGAAGAAACAACUCUUGAGUAUUCUUCCUCGCCGUUGACCGUAAGAAGCCAUAAAAAUGGUGACGUCAGCUAUAGUGAACACAUACCCGCUCUCUAGCUAUACCUUUGGCACAAAAGAGCCUAAAAUGGAGAAGGACACUUCCGUUGCCGAUCGCCUUGCUCGCAUGAAACUCAACUACACGAAGGAGGGGAUGAGGACAAGUGUUGAUGGAAUUCUCUUG